AUGGAUACAGCCGUGAAAGCUCUACGGGUCGAACAACUGGAUGCACAUGUAUUGGAUCGCGAAAUCAGAGACAUUGUCCAUUCUAGCCUGGAGGAAUGGAUCUCAACGUUGCCAACUGCCUUCCAACGCUACAUGGAUCGAGCCAAACCGGAAUUGCGAUUGGGAUGUGAGGCAGCACUCUGGACCACGCGAAUAUAUGCAGGUUCGAGUCCAGGCCAAGGCAUUCUUGAUGUCUUCUACCGCGGCUAUACCACCAGAAAGGUUGCUGUUCACUUUGUCAUCAGCGUGCUUGUGCCGUAUCUACUGAAACGUCUGGUAGACUGGCGGCAGGACACUCAUCGUUUGGUCGAAAGAUUGGAGGGAGCGACUACGCUUGCCAACAUUGCACACUACCUGUACUUUCUUGAGGAAGGGCGGCUU